AUGGCUGCAGAGAGCAUGGUGGAACUGGAUAAUGACCUUUCUCUUUCCAGUUUCUCUAUGGAUGUUGAAGGUGGUGAUAAGGACCCGAGUGGUAAUGGUGUUUCGUCUGUGAUUCCUGGGUGGUUCUCUGAAAUUAGCCCAAUGUGGCCUGGAGAAGCUCACUCUUUGAAGAUAGAAAAGAUUUUAUUUCAAGGAAAGUCUGAAUAUCAGAAAGUCAUGGUCUUCCAGUCAUCAACAUACGGUAAAGUCCUUAUUUUGGACGGAGUUAUUCAGCUCACAGAAAGGGAUGAAUGUGCCUACCAAGAAAUGAUCACUCAUCUUCCUCUCUGCUCUAUUCCAAACCCCAAAAAGGUUUUGGUUAUUGGCGGAGGUGAUGGAGGAGUCCUGCGGGAAGUAGCACGUCAUUCUUCAAUUGAAAAGAUAGACAUUUGUGAAAUUGACAAUAUGGUUGUUGAAGUCUCCAAACAAUUUUUCCCUGAAGUUGCAGUAGGGUUUAGCGAUCCACGUGUGACACUUCGCAUUGGUGAUGGAGUUGCAUUUUUGAAGGCAGUUCCAGAAGGAACUUAUGAUGCAGUUAUAGUGGAUUCAUCGGACCCUAUCGGUCCUGCUCAGGAGCUUUUUGAAAAGCCGUUUUUUCAAUCGGUAGCAAGGGCUCUUCGUCCAGGAGGAGUUAUGUGCACUCAAGCAGAGAGUAUAUGGCUUCAUAUGGAUAUAAUUGAGGACAUCGUAGCCAAUUGUCGACAUAUUUUUAAAGGCUCUGUCAACUAUGCUUGGACUACAGUUCCUACAUACCCUAGUGGGAUGAUUGGUUUUAUGCUUUGUUCAACUGAGGGACCUCUUGUUGAUUUCAAGCAUCCGGUGAAUCCCAUUGAUCAAAAAGAGUGUCAAAAGUCAUUAAAACCACUCAAAUUCUACAACUCUGUGAUUCAUACAGCAGCUUUCUGUUUGCCGUCAUUUGCAAAGAGGAAGAUUGAUUCCAAAGAAAAUUGA